AUGAAAUAUUUAAAUAUUCUUUUCUUAUUUGCAAUUUUUUUUCUUUCUUCUUCUUCUUUAACUAAUCAAAUCACUAAUGAAUUUAUUAUUCUUAUAAAUAGUCAACCUCAUAUAUAUAUUCUAAGUCAAGUUCAUAAUGCAUCAACAUUUAUUCCGGCACAAAUUCCAAUUCUUUAUACACAUUCAUAUAUAUCAUCAAUAUCAAAUUGGUAUGCAAUCUAUCCAAUAUUUUCAUCAAUUAUUCAUCAAUAUCCACAAUUAAAAUGGCUUUUUAUAUGUGAACCUCAAACACGUAUUAAUCUACCUGAACUUAUUAAAUAUGCUGAAAAAUCGAAUGAUUUUUAUAUUGGUCAUGGUUUAUAUGAUUCGGAACCAAGUAUAAUUCAUCAUUUUUCAUUUUCAUUGGAUAAUCCAUAUCCAGAUUUAUCAUCUGGUUUUUUAAUAUCACGACAUGUUUUAUCAUUAUUUACAAAUCGUUUAGAAUCCUAUACAAAAAAAAUUGAUUUUAUUAUUGAUGUUAAAUAUGAAUUGAAUCAAUUAAUAAAUGAAUUAACAAGUAUUAAAUUACUAGAUCGAUCUGAUCUUUUCUGCAAUCAUAAUAAACCUAAUUGUUUAACAUGGUAUGAUGGACAAUAUGACUAUUCAUGUCAACGAACAGAUAUUCAAUUAGAUGACUUAUAUAUUGGUAUAAAAACUUUUAUUGAUUUUCAUAAAACACGUAUUGAUUUAUUAAAAAAAACUUGGUUAAAUGAUAAACUUAAUUAUAAUUUAUUUACCAAUAAAAUUAAUGAAACAACUGAUAAUAAAAAUGAACGAUUUAUUAUCUUAAAAGAAAAUACAGAACGUGGUCAUUGUCAUAAAACUUUUUCAAUUUUACAUUAUUUCUAUAAAAAUAAAGAAAAUUUUCAAUAUUUAAUUAUUGUUGAUGAUGAUACACUUAUAUCAGUGCAAAGAAUUCUUCGUGUUAUUCGAUGUUUUAUGUUAUCAAAUGAUGUUCCUAUUGUACUUGGCGAACGAUAUGGUUAUGGAGAGUAUUAUGUUUAUCCAACUGGUGGAUCCGGUAUGAUUUUUAAUCGACAAGCAGUACAACAGAUUAUAUCAAAUUGUGAAUGUCCAUUACCUGAUACACCAGAUGAUAUGUUUUUAGGUUUAUGUUUAAAACAUAUCAAUAUACCACUAACACAUAUACCUGAAUUACAUCAAGCACAACCAAAUGCUUAUUCAAAAGAUUGGCUUGAGCAUGAAAAAUCUAUUAGUUUUCAUAAAUUUGAAGGUAUUAAUGUUGAAGAAGUCUAUCAAACUUAUUUACAUGAAGAACCACCUAUCGAAAUAAAAUAUCAUCAUGAAAAAGACGAGUUUUGA